UCGGAGGCCGCGGUCCUCGCGGGCCCCGCCGCAGCUGGGGGAGCGGGCGCGCCGGUGUCCCCGGGAGGGCUGUGGAGCACAGCGCGGAUGUGUCGGGUGUGACCUGGCGCUCAGCGGCUCGGGAUAGAUAAAUUACAUAAAAAUACUUCUGGUUUCCAUGCAGCAUUUCACUGACUUUGGUUGUGAAGGCUUGUCAUAUGAUACAGAUAACUUAAACAGAUCUUGGACAAUUCUUGGAGGUUGUUUGCCUACAUUUUGAAUUGCAAUAAGUGUUGGAACACAGCACGUCUCUAAGUAUGCAAUCUGCUAACAUGCUUCUGAGAAAAACUGUGAGAAGUUCUGUCCUUCCAUUUGCUGCACAACAUAGGAUGCAAAAGGAUUUGUUUCCACUCAGUAGAGCUCUCAGUUUAUCACUUUGUCUGAAGCAGGACAAGUCAUGUGAACCCUCAGAAAAAUUAGAUUUAGAUGAGUGGAAAAAGGUAAUGAAAUCUGGGUUGCAAGAAGAGGCCAGUGAGACGGUCUCAGAGCCUAAGGAGCUUUCCAGUUUGGCUGCUGCACGUGAGACCUUGGAGAUGUGGAGGCUAGCUGGCAGAGCGGUUCCAGAAAAUAUCUGUGAAGAAGAGCUAAAGACUUUCAUGGAGUGCCCUUCUAAGUCAGCCAAAAAGAAGUAUUUAAAAUAUUUGCAUCUCAAAGAACUUCAAAAGAAAAAUGACAAAAGAAAGAUGGAUGAGAAAAGGGAAAGGAGGCUGGAAGCACAAAAUCAAGCUUCAAAAAUGGAUGAGACCAAAAAGAGUUCAUUUGUAUGUAUGUGGUCCAGCACUAUGGAUAAAGCAUACAAUUGGAGGGCUGCUCAGUCCAUGAUCUUUGGCCAACCUCUAGUAUUUGACAUGUCUUAUGAAAAAGAAAUGUCUGUCCGAGAAGUCACAAAUACAGUGAGACAGAUAGUACUGAGUGAGAGCUGCAAUCGGAGAUCUGUGGACCCGUUCCACAUCCACUUCUGUAACUUCAAAGAUGAUAGCCUCUAUCAUAGGGAAUUUAUCAAGCAGUAUAGAGAGGCAUGGGGCAAGCUGCUUAUCACUGUGACAGACCAGUGCUACACAGAAAUCUUUCCAAAGGAUAAGCUCAUCUAUCUGACAGCUGAUUCUCCCAAAGUGAUGAAAACAUUUGAUCAUGAUAAGAUCUAUAUUGUUGGGUCAAUGGUUGACAAGAGCAUAAAAACAGGAGUCUCUUUAGCACGGGCAAAGCGAUUAGGAUUGGAGACUGCAGCCCUUCCACUGGACAAGUAUUUGCUCUGGAGUACUGGUGCCAAAAACCUCACACUGGAUCAAAUGAUGCAUAUUUUAUUAACCUUGAAAGAUACUGCUGACUGGAAGAAGGCUCUGGAAUUUGUUCCAAAAAGGAAAUACUGUGGCUUUGUAAGCAAACCUGUAAAGGAACUGAAGAAAACCUUAGACCUGAUCAACAUACUUAAACAUGGAAAGGGACGGGAAGAAGUACAAAAGCAAUUUGCCAAAAGCUACCCCAAGAAGUAUAAACUAAAGCAAAAGUAGAGUAAUGGGGAGGAGAAUGAAUUUUUUACAUGCAAACUGUGUCCUUUAAUGCUCUGGCUUCUCUGUACAUCUGGAACUCUGUUCAGCUCUUAAUCUCACAACAUGUUUUGUUGCUUACAUUUGAAAUGACCAUUGUUAAGAGUUGGGUUUUUAAAAUUACUUUAGUAGUCCAGCUGUUAAAAUUUAUUCACAUGUUGAAAUUAUGUAAGAGAAAUGAGAUCAUCUGUUCUAAAAAAAAUAACUCUACACAAAGAAUAUCAGUGUGUUCAAUUGAA